UUCAGCAGCUCCUCAUCACACUUUGAGACUUAAAGCUCCAACAUGAUCUUGCUCCUCUUCUUGUUCGGUCUGGCUCUGGGUGCUCCAUCUGAGUCUCCUUCUGAUGACACUGAACUACUGCGUGGAAACUGUCCCCCAUUCUGGUGGUACUUCAACAACCGUUGCUAUAAGUAUGUAGCUACACCAAUGAGCUGGGCUAAUGCAGAGUUCCACUGUUUGUCACAGGGAGCUAACCUGGUGUCUAUCCACACCAGUGAUGAAGAGAGUUUUGUCAGAUCCCUGAUCGGGAACUCUGACCCUACUCAGGCACCCACCUGGAUUGGACUCAGUGACAUCCACAUGGAGGGCAGAUGGAUGUGGUCUGAUGGCUCUGUGGUGCAUUAUUCUAACUGGCUUGCAGGCGAGCCAAACAACCUGGAAAAAAAUGAACACUGUGUGCUAAACAACUUUGGUCCUGUUAAGAAGUGGAAUGACGACCCAUGCUCUCAUGGUUAUCCCUCUGUUUGUGUAAAACGCAAUGCCUGUGUUUAGAAACUAAGACACUAAUUCAACAUUAGACAGUUAACCUGAUGUUAUGUUGGCAUGUAGCGUCCCUCCACAAUAAAUUUAGCAAUGUUAAUAUUAAUAUAUCCUAAUUAAUAUAUUAGACGUAUAGGCUAAGGCUGGAGUACUGAAAUUU